AUGAUCUCGGCUCCGUUGCAAGUACCCCCAUCCGCCAUAGGCACACUCGCGCACGCCUAUACCGGCAGGGCAAGCGAUGAUUCUCGGAUAGACGUGUACUUCUUAUCUUCUUCCGAAUUGUCUAGCACAUCUCUUGUUUCUGUCUGCAGUUCUCUGACAGCGUCAUACGUUCGCGACUAUUUUGGGGACGACCAGGUGGAAGAAUAUCAGCAAUUCCUCACUCCCAUACCAUCGCCAUUUGCCUGCGUGCAAGACUGUAUCGAUGAUCACUUUGACCGCCUGGACAAGUGGCUUCUAGAACAUCCAGCACCUGAAAGAGAUGUAGCCAUUUAUCCGUAUGGUAUCAUCGUGUUCGAGCGUGACGAGCAGAAUGUACUGCUCGUUCACAUUGACUCCAUUAACAAAACAUGGCAGAUAGGCUCAACCCAUCUGGUAGUCGCCGAUGUUUCCUUGGAGGUCACUAGUCUCAUAAUGGGUGACGAGCUCUUUGGAGAUAUUUGCUACAAGCGCGAUGUUCUCGUUCCUCAGAACGACCCAUACAUCGACGAGAACUACAAAGAGCAUCACAAGGACGAGAGCGGCUCGUGGAAGAACAACGCACCACGCUUUGCGGUCUACUCAACAGGAUGGGCUCACGCGUUAGCUGUGACCGGCAUGUUGGACGAUUCAUACCAUGAUGUACCUUUCGGACACAGUGAUGUCGAGCUGUAUGGCCUCGAUAGCCCCCACUUCAUCGGAGCUAAGAACAAGCUCAGAGCCCAAUUCCUAGUCAAUGUGGCGGCCGAUGAAAGAGGAGAAAAGAGGCAUAAAGGAAAGGGCCCUUGUCCUUCAUGCAGACCUUUGCACAAAAGCAUAUUCAUCGAUGUCGACAACGACGAUCCAAGAGUGAACGGUGUGCUGGUCUGUCAGAUGGUGUCGGAUGUGAGUAUCGGCGUGAAGUCAGACGAGCAGCUGGCUGAGAUGGGGAGGAAGGCAAAGAUCGAGACAAGGAGAGUAGGAGUCGCAUUUGCGGUGGCUACAGCAAAGAUCAUCUCGUCGAGUGGGACCGACCGGACGCCACCAAUCUUGCAAGAAAAGAUGUGA